UGGAACGUGAGCACACCAAGAAGAGAAGCACACCAGGAAAUGAGGAGGAACACCCUGUUCCUCUCAUACAAGGCAAUGUAGCAAAGUAUUUCAGAGGAGGUAACCCCACUGUAACCCAAGAGCGAUUUGACAAGUUGAUCCUUAACUUCACCAUUCAAGGACUGCAUCCACUUCACACUGUGGAGAGACCAGAAUACAUAGAUUUAUUCAGAGAUAGAGAUUUUACCCAGCAGGCAUUUGAUGUCCAGGAGAACAUUGGGAAGAAUGCUUGAGGAUGAGUAUACAUCAAUGAAAAGCACACUGUCUGUGAUUUUGUCCAAACAGACACAUUUAUGUACCACAACAGAUGCAUGGUCUUCAAACAACAGAAGCUUCCUUGGGGUGACUAUCCACUGGAUAAACCAAGAAACUUUAACCAUCUGCUCUGGGGCAUUAGCCUGUCGUAGAAUUAAAGGGCGCCACACAUAUGAUGUUUUGGCUGAGAUGUUGGAAAAUGUGCACAGAGAUUUCAACAUAAAAGACAAGGUGACCGUUACAACCACAGAUAACGGUUCAAAUUUUGUGAAGGCUUUCAGUGUCUUUGCAGAAGUUCAAAGAACAAUUCCAGACAGAGAAGAGGACGAUGAGGAAGAAGAAGAAGAGGAGCACGCUGUCUUAAUAGAUAUCACAGACAUUUUAAAUGACACAGAAGAAGGCUACAGUCUCCCACCUCAUCAGAGAUGCGCCUGCCACACCCUCAACCUGGUAGCAACAAGAGACAUUGAGAGUGCUUUGACACAGUCAGAGGCCUUCAAAAAAAUAUCAAGAUCAAUGACUGGCAAAUGCCAGGCACUAUGGAACAAGCAACAAAGAAGCCCACAAGCUUCAGACAUAAUCAAAGACAAGCUAGGCUGCCAGCUGAUAGUUCCCAGUCCAACAAGGUGGAACUCCACUUACCAUGCCUUGGAACGCUUGAAUACCUGUAUCCAGACAAAAGAACAAGAACUCCAGGAGACCUGUGAGAGGCUUCAGGUGACUCGCUUCAAACUGGCAGAACUCAACCUCAUACAGGAGUAUGUUCAGGUAAUGGCACCUCUGGCCAAGGCCAUUGAUGUACUACAAUCUGAUAAAAUGGCCUACACUGGAGUUUUGGCGCCAACAAUCUCAAUUCUCCUCUAUGGAGCAUAUAAAGCAUGAGGCAAACAUACAUCACUGUAAACCAAUGAUAGAUGCAAUCAUCAGUGGGGUGAAGCAGAAGUUUGGAUACAUUUUUCAAGAUGCAAGGUUGCUCAUAGCCUCUGCAGCUCAUCCUAUGUUCAGACUGGCGUACAUCCCCAGUGGAAAGAAGGCUGAUGUUGUGUCCAAACUAAAAGCAGAAGUAAACCUGCUUCAAACUCAGUGUGCAGAUGAUGAUCAUAUGCAGACAGAUGGCGAGGACCCAAGUGAUGAUGGUGAUGAAAUAACUGGAUACUUCCCAUCUCUCAGAACAAGACCAGUUCUGAAUGAAGUGGGCAGCUACUUGCAAUCUGCUGAAACCAACCUUGUCAAUGCGUUCCAAAACCUUCCAAUAAUGAAGAAGAUCUUCAUUGAGUACAACACAGGAGUCCCUGCUAGCGCAGCUUGUGAGCGACUCUUUAGUGUAGGAAAAGACAUCUUCCGACCAAAGAGAAACUGCCUUUCUGAUGGAAAUUUUUAAAAGCUUCUGCUGUGUCGAGUGAAUAAACACCUCUUGUAAAAAUUAUCAGGGUCCAGCCUGGCCAUAUCCUACGUGUGAUAAUCUCGUACAUUCACAUUCACAC